AUGGGAGGAUCACAAUCGCAAUCAUACGAUUUGAGUAAUGAAUCGAUGAAAUCGGUGCACGAUAAGCGGAACAUCGUUCCCACCAAUAACGUUGUCGAUGGUACACUCAUUCAUAUUACUUCCACUAAAAACUCAAACGCUUUGCCAAAUGAACAGGAAUUGCAACGAAUACAUCCACUGGAGGAGAUACCGCUCACAUCAGAGGAUAUAUCAGUCGAGAAUAUACCAAUAACGAAAACAUCAGCUCCCAAAAUAACCGAAACAGCUGCUGAAUAA